GCGCGGGAGGGGGGCGUGGCCGGGGCGCGCGCGGCGCGGGGCGGGGGGCGGCGGCGGCGGCUCCAAGAUGGCCGCGGUGUCGGUGUUCCCCGGCGUGCGGCUCCUCACCAUCGGGGACGCCAACGGCGAGAUCCAGCGGCACCAGGAGCAGCAGGCGCUGCGCCUCGAGGUCCGCACCGGCCCCGACAGCGCCUGCCUGGCGCUCUACAGCCAUGAAGACGUUUGCGUGUUUAAGUGCUCGGUGUCGCGGGAGACGGAGUGCAGCCGCGUGGGCAAGCAGUCCUUCAUCAUCACGCUGGGCUGCAACAGCGUGCUCGUCCAGUUCGCCACGCCGAACGACUUCUGCUCCUUUUAUAAUAUCCUGAAAAACUGCCGGGGACACAACACGGAGCGCUCGGUGUUCAGCGAGCGGACGGAGGAGUCUUCGGCGGUGCAGUACUUCCAGUUCUACGGCUACCUGUCCCAGCAGCAGAACAUGAUGCAGGACUACGUGCGGACGGGCACGUACCAGCGAGCCAUCCUGCAGAACCACAGCGACUUCAAAGACAAGAUUGUCCUGGACGUCGGCUGUGGCUCCGGCAUCCUCUCCUUCUUCGCGGCGCAGGCUGGGGCGAGGAAGAUCUACGCGGUGGAAGCCAGCACCAUGGCCCAGCACGCAGAGGUGCUAGUGAAGAGCAACAACCUCACGGACCGGAUCGUCGUCAUUCCCGGGAAGGUGGAGGAGGUCUCGCUGCCCGAGCAGGUGGAUAUCAUCAUCUCGGAGCCCAUGGGCUACAUGCUCUUCAACGAGCGGAUGCUGGAGAGCUACCUGCACGCAAAGAAGUACUUAAAGCCCAGCGGGAACAUGUUCCCGACGAUCGGAGACGUCCACUUGGCCCCGUUCACGGACGAGCAGCUCUACAUGGAGCAGUUCACGAAGGCCAAUUUCUGGUACCAGCCGUCCUUCCACGGCGUGGACCUCUCGGCGCUGCGAGGGGCAGCCGUGGACGAGUACUUCAGGCAGCCCGUCGUGGACACCUUCGACAUCAGGAUUUUAAUGGCGAAGUCGGUCAAAUACACGGUGAACUUCUUAGAAGCCAAAGAAGGCGAUUUGCACAGGAUAGAAAUCCCGUUCAAGUUCCACAUGUUGCAUUCAGGGCUGGUCCACGGCUUGGCGUUCUGGUUCGACGUGGCCUUCAUCGGUUCCAUAAUGACCGUGUGGCUCUCGACGGCCCCCACCGAGCCGCUGACCCACUGGUACCAGGUGCGGUGCCUGUUCCAGUCGCCGCUCUUCGCCAAGGCCGGCGACACUCUCUCAGGGACUUGCCUCCUCAUCGCCAACAAGAGACAAAGCUACGACAUCAGCAUUGUGGCUCAGGUGGACCAGACCGGCUCCAAGUCCAGCAACCUCCUCGACCUGAAAAACCCCUUCUUCAGGUACACGGGCACGACUCCCUCACCCCCGCCCGGCUCCCACUACACGUCCCCGUCGGAGAACAUGUGGAACACGGGCAGCGCCUACAACAUGAGCACGGGGAUGGCCGUGGCCGGGAUGCCCACGGCGUACGACCUUAGCAGUGUUAUUGCCGGCGGCUCCAACGUCGGCCACAACAACCUUAUUCCUUUAGCCCCGUCCCCUUGCUCCGCAGCCAACACCGGGAUCGUGAACCACACUCACUCCAGGAUGGGCUCCAUCAUGAGCACGGGCAUCGUCCAAGGCUCCUCCAGCGGCCAGAGCGGCGGCAGCGCCAGCACCCACUACCCCAUCAACAGCCAGUUCACCAUGGGCGGCCCCGCCAUCUCCAUGGCCUCGCCCAUGUCCAUCACCACCAACACAAUGCAUUACGGGAGCUAAGGGCUCCCCCUGAACUGACAGCGCCAGGAAACCAAAUGAAGACGACCCUUCUCCGCCCCUCUCCGAACUGUGGCCCGCCCGGGGCCGCCACGGAUGUUUUUACCCUUGUACGAUAGACGCAGCUGAGACGAAGCCGCCGAGUCCGCGCUCUGCUCUUUGAUAACGGACCUGGACCGUUUUUUUAAUGAAAUGUCGGAACCUCUGGAUCCCGCUAGAGCCGUUCCCCGAGCAGUCACGUAGCUAACGACGCGUAGGUGCCAUCUUCCAUAACAGAUGGGGACGCGGCCCCCGGUCUGCGGCGCGGACCGCUGCGGCCGUGCCCGGCGGGGCCGCCCUCCCUGUCCUGCCGCGGCCCCGCUCCCGGCUGCGCCCCGCUGGCGUCGGGGCCCGGGGCGGAUGGAGGCGCCUCGCCGGGGGCCGGAGCCCGGCCUGCGACCGGCAGCCCCGCUCACGGGCCUGGUCCCCGCGAGGGUGACGCUCGCAGGAAACCUCGAAUGUACCAGAAGCGCCGGCGCCGUCCCGGUCCCCGUCCCCGUCCCCGCUGGGGCGGCGGGAGCAGCCCUGCCGGGGCCCGGCGGGCGUCGCGGGGGCAUCUGUUAUGGAAGGCUCCUCGCGGGUCUGCACUAGGAAGUGUAUUUGGUGUCUGUUAGUGUCCAGCACUCAUCGCGUGAACUUUCCUUUCUCUUUUGUUUUCCUUUCGAAGUCCGCGAGUGGCGGUUUUUGGCAAGGGCGCGGCAGGGACCCCGCUGCGGAGAGCGACCGUCUCCCCGGGGCCGUCCCCCUCGCCGCGGGCAGGCAGCGCUGCCCGGCAGGGCGGCAGGGUGGCGGCGCAGCCCCCCCUCGCCAGGGCCGCGACUUAGGCGUAGCGGAUCUGCUGUUUUUCGGCUGUAGUACUGAAUAAACGGGAGGGUUUCGAA